AUGUCCACGGGAAAUCCCUAUGGACUCUCCGAGAUCUCCCACUAUGGCUCCAUGCGGAAUGUGGGUGGAAAGGCUGGAGGCUUCAUCAACAAGAAGUUCUUCCAUCCCUCCUCCCUUCGCAAUCAGGAGAAGCUUUGGAAAGCCAUCACUGCAGACGCUGUUGAGAAGCGAAAGCAGGAUGACCUCGAGAAGGCGCGUGAAGAGGAGAGGAAAGUGGAUGCUUUGAGGAAGGAGAUGUACUUGGCCGGGCAAUCCAAAAGUGCCAUGUUCACAGCUGCGAGUGAAACAGCUCAAAGGGGCACCUUGGAGCAGAUUAAAGCUCAUCGAGAGCUCAAAAGACGAAAGGAGCUGCUCAAGGGAGCGAAGCAACCAAAGGAAGACAAAGACGAGGACGUGGAGAUCAUGGACGAGAACUAUACCGGUGAGUUGCCUCCUGUAAAAAUGGAAGAGGAAGAUGGAGAAGAUGGAGAAGAUGGAGAAGGUGGAGAAGGUGGAGGUGCCUCCAGCAGUCGCCGGAUCUUAGUGAAGUCCAAGUAUCCUGAGGACGUGCUGGUGCGUGGGCACAGCCAGAUCUGGGGCUCUUGGUUUACGCUGGAGGAGCAGCGCUGGGGCUUCGCGUGCUGUCACAGCACCGAUGCUCAAGUACGUUGUCCUCAGAACCCCGAGGAGCCGCCGGAUGAGGCUCUCCCUGCGCACCUUGAGAAGUCCUCCAAGCGCCAAGCCAAGCGGCGGAAGCGAGAAGCCGAAGAGGCUGCCAGCGGCCCAGUGAGCCGGGUCGAUCUCCCGUCAAUCUCGGGGCCAGCGAGCGAGUAA